UUCAAGAAACUAAUGAUAAGCUUACCCAGACGGAAAGAUUUGAAGUGAACGGCUUCUGUGGCCGACCGGAGCGUCCGAUCCGAUCGCGUCUAAUGCCAGACAAAUCUCGUUAUAAUGAAGGAGAAGACGUGACCUUUCAAUGCAAUCAAUACUGGAAUUAUUUGCAAACAAAACGCUGUGUUAGAGGACAAUGGAUUGGAGACCAGUUUCGAUGCGGGAAAGCCGUUGUCGACAAUGACUUAAAUUCAGUCAAAGUGGAGGACUUGAGCGGAGAGACACCUAAUGUAUUAUUUAAUACAAACUUUACACUAAUUCCGGGCAAUAAGUUUCCGAAUUCAUUCCUCUCGAGUCGUUGCGAAACUAAAUUUGAGGUCAAAACCGAUGGACUCGUCCGCUGGACACUCGGUCUUCAACGGCCCAUCUCUUUGCCAUUCUUUCGCAUAAAUUAUCAUUUACUUAACGUAUCGGUCGAGGAGUCGUUGCAAUUAAAUUUGACGGCCGCUGUAAGUGUGGGUCCGCACAGAACCUGUAGACAUGUGUUUAGAGAUUUAAAAAAAUUGUGGAGAUUUGGC